AUACAUGUUCCUUCCAGUUGAAGUAGUACCAUACCAUACCUACCUAGUACCUGAUUUUACCAUACCAUAUCAUAUCAUACCUGACCUGUCCUGAGCAUCUUGUAUACCAUACACGGGACCACCGCGACAGCGACCCUCCAACCUCAUCAUGGCCGGCGAGCCUGCCCUGAGCGACUAUCUUCCUAUUCCACACGCCACCGCCCCGCUCACAGCAGACCCGGAGCAGCAACAUGAAGAAACCGCCCAAUCUCUCGCAGAUGCGCCGACGAUGAGCCACGCUCUGGCCGUGGACGACCACGAUGUCAAGGGCGAGGCGCAGCUGUCUCACAAUGGCGAGAUUAAAGACCUGGGAUGGACCGAUGAUGUCGACCAGAUCGUGAACCCGCUCGUCGGCGGCAUGCCCAAUCAAGACCUCUGGGUGCUCAUCCGUCGCUUCAACAAACAAAUGUAUCAUGUCAAGGAAUACCCGUAUUCCGUGCCCGGAGGUCUGGAUCUCAACAUUGCAGACGAGGAGGAAUUCUCCCCCGAUAAGCUUCGAGCCAAUAUUGAACGUCUGUACAUGACUGUAGGCAUUGGCUUGAUGGGCUUCGGCAAGCAUGUGAUGCGCAUCCGAUCCUGGCGAGAACGGAGAAGAACCUCCUACUUUGCAGCUGCCUACUUUGUUGCCUGGGCCUUUGAUCUACUCACACCACUCAUCCUCGCAUUUGUCGUCGUGCUCAUCACAUAUCAGCCAAGUCGAGCCAUUGUGUUCCCCCCAGCUCCUCUGGCAAUAGUCUCCGCAUCCACCGGUGGUGUACAGAAGCCAAAGGCAGGCGUACUAGGCUCCACGGACUCGGCGACUGGCGCGCCCGAAAAUCACAAGGGAGAAGCGGUCGAAGCUGAAGCAAGUAACUUCGUCAAUGGCAUCGCUUCUGUCGCACUGGCCAGCGUGGCGGGCAAGCAUCCUCAGAGCGAUCCUCCAUCAGUGGCUGCGGAGAACGACAAGACCAGCGAUAUCAUUCCCGACCCUACUGCCAUGGCAGCUAGCGCGAGUAAUGCUCGUGCACAGACCGGUGCCAAGGGCAAUGUCACUGCCAAAGACAAGUCGAAAGUGCCUGUCGAGACCGCUAUCUGGAACAAAAUGAGACCAAUCAUGCACGCUAUUGCUGACAUAUCUGACACGUGGGAGCGAUUUGGAAACGCAUUGGACCCCACCAAGCCCUUUCCACAGGAGCUGUAUCGACUUCGUAUCGCGGCUUUGGUCAUCCCGCUUCUCGCCGCCUCUUUCUUCAUCUCUUCCUACAUGCUUGUCAAAGGCAUCACAUUUGGCGUUGGCUUUGGUUUCUUCGGUGACCCACUCACCCAGCGAGGAUUACAAUGGCUCAAUAGGAGCUUUCCACGGUGGCAGAAACUGCUGGAGUUACGCAACACUGUCCUCAAGGGCGUCCCAACCAAUGCUCAACUUACCAUUACCCUUUUACGCAUCGGCGAGGCGAACAAGGCACCUCUGCCCCCUCCACCUCACUCUGGGGGCAUUCCCGCGGACGAGCCUGUAGAACUCACCGAGGACCAUCUUCGAGCUGCAGGUGCAGACUGGCCACUCAACGCCACUGACGAAGAAAUCGCCGAUGCAGCUGCAUCUGAUCCUACGACCAAGCAUGAAAGUGCUGGCGCCGAUGUUGAUGCCUCAAAGGAGAAAAAGCACGGCAAGACUGGUGCCAAGAUUCUCGGAUUCUUCAAAAGUGGUAUCAAAGGUACUGUCGAUACUACCCUUGGAGUCGACCACAUCAAGGCCAAAGCUGGCAGCGAGCCUUCGAAGCAGCGACUGGGUGUGAUUCCGGGAAAGCAUGAGAAGCAAGUAUCUGGGCCGGUUGAUUUCAAGUGUCGAUACCAUGGCAAGAAAGGCCAUGCAUACAUUGCCACACAAGCCACCAUACCUUGUGUUGGCUUCAGUCUCGACCCAUCAGUUACGGGCCAAGAUGGUUCUUUGAUCGAAGACUUGCAUCCCGUCUGGACCAUUGCCAUUGCUGACAUCAAAGAGUUGAAGAAAGUUGGAGGUCUUGGCUGGAAAUCCAAGCUGCUGGUCGGAUGGGCCCUGGAUAAGGAGGUUGCUGAUGGGUUGGAGAUUGUGGAUCGGAUGGGUAAUACGAGGCACAUUACUGCGAUGAUGUUGAGAGAUGAGCUGUUCAAUCGACUGAUCAGUAUGGGUGGGCAGAAGUGGGAGGCUUGGUAAGCGAAAGCCAAACAAAUGCAUAUCGACAGAACAGAGAGAAAUGAGAAUUGGGCCUGGGCAAAGGAGAGAACAGGACGAUGGGAGAUGCCAGAUGCGAUAUGAUACCCGAAAUUGCGAUAAUAUUGGAAACUGGAGGAGUUUGGUCUUAGUUUCCAGCUUUCUCUGCCUACCGUAGGGUACCUGAUGUUUCAUGUACCUGUGUAUGCCCACCUUGUAUACGACAGCAAAC